GGCCACUUAAAAAAGGGAGAGCCAUCAGGGGCCAUCUCUCGGGCGGAGCCUUCCUGACAGCCGGUGCUGCAGCCUUGGGAUCACCCAUCGUCCCACUUCAAUCAUGGCUGGUCUGGUGGCCAACAACCUGAAACUCCAGCCUGGGCAGAGCCUCCUGGUGCGUGGCGAGGUGGCCCCCAGCGCCAGUCGCUUCAUCGUGAACCUGGGCCAAGACAUGGACAACCUGUGCCUGCACUUCAACCCCCGCUUCAACUCCCAAGGGGACACCAACACCAUCGUGUGCAACAGCAAGGAGAAGGGCGUCUGGGGGGUGGAGCACCGCGAGAAGGCGUUUCCUUUCCAGCCGGGCAGCCUGGCCGAGGUGACUUUCUCCUUUAACAAGGAGGAUCUGCUCAUCAAGCUGCCGGACGGGCACACGUUCAAGUUCCCCAACCGCCUCAACCUGGAGACCAUCGACUACCUGCACACCAGUGAUGACUUCAAGGUCAAAUGUAUGACCAUCGACUGACGCCUGCAGGCUCACGGUUCUCAAUAAAGGCAGCUGCCUCUGCACCCCGAA